AUGUCCUUAUACGUACUCAGUCUCGUCUGGACGUGCCGCGCGCUGCGCGCCACGGACUGGCCACGCGAGUUUGAUAGAGCCGCCUUCGAACGCUACCUCGACGCGCGGCCGGCGGCCCUGAUAAAACGGACGGCGGCCGUCGCGGCCGAGGCGCUGCCGCUCCAGGCGCGCGCGGGCCAGCUCUGGGCCGCCGGCGCGCUCCGGCGAGACGACGCCCGCUUCGCGCGCGACGCGGCGGCGGCGCUCGAGCGGCUCGGACCAACUUUUAUAAAGAUCGGCCAGCUCCUCUCGGUCCGCGAGGACGUGGUCGGCCCCGUCUGGGCCGCGGAGCUCGCCCGGCUGCAGGCGACCGUGUCCGUGGGAAGCCCGGACGCCGUCGACGCGAUCUGGGCGGCGGACUUCGUCCAUUUAAAGCGCGUGAACGCGACCGCGGCCGCGUGCGCGUCCGUAGCCCAGGUGCACCGCGGCACCUGGCAGGGGAGGGACGGCGAGGUCACGGAGGUGGCGUGCAAGGUCCUGCGGCCGGGCGUGCGGGACGCGGUCGCGGUCGACCUGUGCGUGCUGUUGAGGGCCGGCGAGGCCCUGGAGACCUGGGCGCCCAGGGUGCUGGGCCAGUCGAACGUGGACUGGCGUCUUUUGCUGGGCGGGCUCGCGUCGGCCCUCUGGUCCGAGCUCGACUUCGAGGGCGAAGGAGAGCGGCAGGAGAAAUUCCGGCGCAACAUGCAUGCGGUAGAGCACGUGACGGUCCCGCGCGUGCUCGGCGCGACGAGGGACGUGCUCGUCAGCGAGUGGGUCGACGGGCGCGCGUUGAACGAAUUGAGCGAUCGAUCGUGGCAGCUCAAGAAAAGCGUCGACUGCAUCCGCAACGCCUACUGCCAGGCCUUAUACGUCGACGGCUACUUCCACGCCGAUUGCCACGGCGGGAACUUGUUGUGGACCGCAAAAGAUGAGCUGUGUGUCCUGGACUGCGGGCUCAUGGUCGAGAUUGGCCGGGAGGAUUCGCUAGCUUUGCUGUCCUUGUCGCUCGCGCUGGCGGCGCGCGACUGGGCGCGCGUCGUCUCGGCGGCGGCGUCGCUGGGUUUUCUCCCCGAGACGCUUGACGCGGCGACGCGGUCCGAGGCGGAGCGCGUCGCCAAAAGUAUCAUCGGGCCCUACCUCGAUUCUGGGGGAGGCGCGAAGGCCAUCAACGCCUACCAGGCCUCCACUUUAUUCGGAGAUGUAGCGCAAGCGUCGACCGGCCUCCCGACGAGUCUGCCACCGAGCAUGGUGCUGCUGGGCCGCGCCGUGCUCCAGUUGGAAGGUCUCGCGCUGCGGGCGGACCCGGACUUUAAAAUUGUGGACGACAUCCUACCGGUGGCGGCGCGGCUCGCGCAACAGCGUUCUGAUACGUCCAGCUUACUGAGGGAGCUGUUAUACGGCGUCGCGGGCGACGGGAAUAGUAUCGACGGCUCGAAGCUGAGGUCCCUCUUGAAGACCGCCCAGCAGACGUCGACGUCCGCGACCUCGUCGCUGGAUGCGGUGCUCGAGGACGAAGCGACGCGGGCCCUGGCCUGCGACGAGGCCGUGGACGCGCUGGACUCCCUCGGCCGCGACCUCGUGUGGCGUGCCAUUGGGGAGCGGGGCCCCCCGUUUCUCCGCGCCAAGGCCGAGGCCCUGGUCCCGAGGCUGUCCGAGGACGAGUCCGCAGUCGUCUCGCGCCUCCCCGAGGCGCUCGCGGCGCUCGACGACGACGCGGCGACUCCCGAGGACGCUGACGCGGCACCCCUCGCGCGCAUCGCGAAGGUGCCGGCCGCGCGCGACGGCGCGGCGGCCGUCUUCCAAGCUGCGAUCGUCGACAACGACGCGGCGAGCCAGGAGUCGCUGGCGCAAGUCGCGGACGGGCUCACGGAGCGCCUCCGGGGGCGGCUGACGGACGCGGGGCUGCCGGCAUUCCUGGCGCCGCGGCUGCCACUGCCGAGGGGCUGGCGGAAGGACUAGGCCUUUUGUCUGUUGCAUGUGAUGUUUCUUCUAAAUAAAAAAUGAACUUUUUC